AUGGGUACGAGAGAGUGAGACGAGAUAGAGAGAGGAGGAGAGUGUGAGAAUGGAGAAGAAGUACGAGCAGUUCAAAGGGCAGUCGAGGCUCCCUAAAUUCGCUGUCCCGAAACGUUACGAUAUCAACCUCAAACCGGACCUCGUCACCUGUAAGUUCGCCGGUGCCGUUGAAAUCACCGUCGACGUCGUCACUGACACUAAGUUCAUCGUCCUCAACGCCGUCGAUUUCUCUGUUGACCGCAACUCCGUGCGCUUCACAGAUCCCAGUGGCUCCAAGGUAUCGGAGGUUUUGGGGGUUGAACUUUUCGAACAGGAUGAGAUCAUGGUGGUGGAGUUUCCUCAGAAUCUCCCGCUUGGACUUGGGGUUUUGUGCAUUGCCUUUGAAGGAACCUUAAAUGACAAAAUGAAAGGCUUCUACAGAAGUACUUACGCGCAUUGUGGGGAGAAGAAGAACAUGGCAGUGACACAGUUUGAACCAGCUGAUGCUAGGCGGUGCUUUCCAUGUUGGGAUGAACCUGCUUGCAAGGCUACAUUCAAGAUCACAUUGGAAGUGCCAUCUGAGCUCGUAGCUCUUUCCAAUAUGCCAGUUGUUGAUGAAAAUGUUGAUGGAAAGAUUAAGACAAUUCACUAUCAGGAAUCGCCUGUCAUGUCUACAUAUUUGGUGGCAGUUGUCAUUGGUUUGUUCGAUUAUGUGGAAGAUCAUACAUCUGAUGGGAUCAAAGUUAGGGUUUAUAGCCAAGUUGGUAAGGCAAAUCAAGGGAAAUUCGCUUUAGAUGUUGCUGUCAAGACACUUGGCCUUUACAAAAGUUACUUUGCUGUGCCAUAUUCACUUCCCAAAUUGGAUAUGGUUGCGAUCCCUGAUUUUGCUGCUGGAGCCAUGGAGAAUUAUGGUCUAGUUACAUAUCGUGAAACAGCUUUGCUCUAUGAUGAUAAGCAUUCUGCAGCUGCUAACAAGCAGAGGGUUGCAACUGUUGUGGCCCAUGAACUUGCGCACCAGUGGUUUGGCAAUCUUGUAACGAUGGAAUGGUGGACUCAUCUUUGGCUGAAUGAGGGAUUUGCAACAUGGGUGAGCUAUUUAGCAACUGAUAGCUUGUUUCCAGAAUGGAAAAUUUGGACACAAUUUCUUGAUGAAAGUGCUGAGGGCCUUCGCUUGGAUGGGCUUGCAGAAUCACAUCCCAUUGAGGUGGAGAUAAAUCAUGCAUGUGAGAUUGAUGAAAUAUUUGAUGCAAUUAGUUAUAGGAAAGGUGCAUCUGUUAUCCGCAUGCUGCAAAGCUAUCUUGGUCCUGAGUGUUUUCAGAGGGCACUUGCUUCAUAUAUUAAAAAAUAUGCUUGCUCAAAUGCAAAGACAGAAGACUUGUGGACUGUCCUCGAAGAGGAAUCUGGUGAACCCGUGAACAAUCUGAUGAAUUCAUGGACAAAGCAAAAGGGUUACCCCGUUGUCUCUGUCAAAGUCAAAGAUCAAAACUUGGAGUUUGAGCAGUCGCAAUUCUUGCUGAGUGGUUCCUGUGAGGAUGGGCAAUGGAUUGUUCCAAUAACGUUAUGUUGUGGCUCAUAUGAUACUUGCAAGAAUUUUCUGUUGCAAGUGAAAUCUGAAACUCUGGAUGUAAAGGAAUUCAUUGGUUCCAAAGAUAACCUUGUGGAGACAAGAGCUUGGAUAAAACUUAAUGUGGACCAGGCAGGUUUCUAUAGGGUGAAAUAUGAUGAAGGGCUUGCAAGCAGACUUAGAUAUGCAAUAGAGACCAAAUGCUUAUCUGCAACAGAUAGAUUUGGAAUUUUGGAUGAUUCGUAUGCCUUAUGCAUGGCAUGCCAGCAGCCUUUGGCCUCCUUGCUUACCUUGAUGGGUGCUUACAGGAAGGAACUUGAGUACACUGUUCUGUCUAACUUGAUUAGCAUAAGUUUCAAAAUUGCAAGAAUUGCAGCUGAUGCCGCUCCUGAAUUGCUGGAGUACAUUAAACAAUUUUUCAUUAGCCUGUUCCAGUAUUCUGCAGAAAAACUUGGUUGGGAUCCUAAACAAGGUGAGAGCCACUUAGAUGCCAUGUUGAGAGGGGAGCUUUUGACUGCCCUGGCCCAGUUUGGACAUGAUGUUACACAAAAUGAAGCAAGGAGGCGUUUUGAUGCAUUCUUAAAUGAUAAAAAUACACCACUUCUCCCGCCUGACAUAAGAAAGGCAGCAUAUGUGGCGGUGAUGCAAAAUGUCAGCACAUCAAAUAGGUCGGGUUAUGAAUUACUUUUGAAGGUCUACAGAGAAACUGACCAGAGCCAGGAGAAAACACGAAUUCUAGGUUCUUUAGCUUGUUGUUCAGAUCCAGAUAUUGUGCUUGAAGUUCUCAACUUUUUGUUGUCUCCUGAGGUUCGCAGCCAAGAUGCUGUUUAUGGAAUUCAUGUUAAUAUAGAAGGGCGUGAAACUGCUUGGAGGUGGCUGAAGGACAAUUGGGAUCACAUCUCAAAAACUUGGGGUUCUGGAUUUUUAAUCACACGCUUUGUCAGUGCCAUUGUGUCACCGUUUUCUUCUUGCGAGAAAGCGUGUGAAGUGGAGGAGUUUUUUGCAAGCCGUGCUAAGCCUUCAAUUUCAAGGACCCUGAAGCAGAGUGUUGAGCGGGUUCACAUUAAUGCAAAGUGGGUUCAGAGCAUUCAGAAUGAGAAACAUCUAGCAGAGGUUGUACAAGAGUUAGCACACAGGAAACACUAGGAGACGGUUUUGUUUAGCCUGCCUCAACUCACUUGGAUAUUAAAGUAUGUGUUGUUCAGAGCAGUACUUUAACAACCCAAAAUCAACUGCUUGAGAAUAAGAACAUAUUGAAAAUGGAUCACUAUUAACCAACAACACUUUAACUUAAUAAUUAAUGGUAAUUUGAUUUUGUAUCGUUUUGGAUA